AUGUCUUUGAAGCCGGGCACACACGCGUUAAGGGGACUGCUCGUGUCGAGUGAAUCGGUCUGUGUUUUGUGUCUUUCCAGCACGAGCAGGAAGCUGGUACCAGCUUUGGGAGCUUUGGGCUCCAGACAGAAGCACAGCCUGCCUGACUUGCCGUAUGAUUAUGGCGCCCUGGAGCCGUACAUUAACGCUCAAAUCAUGCAGCUGCACCACAACAAACACCACGCCGCUUACGUGAACAACUUAAACAUCGCUGAGGAGAAGUAUAAAGAGGCGCUGGCAAAGGAUGAUGUUACAACCCAGAUAGCUCUCCAGCCUGCGCUGAAGUUCAAUGGCGGAGGUCACAUCAAUCAUAGCAUCUUCUGGACAAACCUGAGCCCUAACGGCGGUGGAGAACCCAAAGGUCGGUAUACACUGAUGCACCCUUUUCUACAUUUUGUGCAUAACAGGAACAAUUGUUGAUUUUCUUGUUACCUUAAUUCUCUCUGAGGAUCACUACUGGUGUAUUUUUUGUAACAAGAAGUGCAAUGAAGUCGUAACUUUCGAAGGAAUGUAACUAAGGAUGGCUAAUGCAUUCA